AUGCUGGCCUUCCCUCAACCGGCCGGUUCGGAGCUGCACUCAUGCAAUGAUAGGUUCGUCGAACAGCUGAAAUUCUACUCACUUCGACUACUCUCUGCCGGACAGGAUGGUACCCUCAAAGCGUGGAAUUUAUUGUGUCAAGUUGAGCAGGCAAACAUGACUAGAGAAGCCAUCUGUCAAGAGGCUAAAGACCAAGACAGUUCAGUUAGACAGAUUGCUCGGCUGGAUACAAAUAGAUCAAGGUCUGAUCAACAGAUUCCAUCAUCCUGGCAACCGACUGAGCUGCAGAUCGACACUUGUGAAGUAGUGGAUCAGAGACUGAUGUCGAAAGAUAUGCAUUCCAGGUACAAUAAAAUGCGUUUCCAACCCACUGUUGGGGCCACUGCGCUAUUCUCAAGUGAUUUCUAUUCGUUAAACUCAACUCUAAGCCAAUCGCAUCAUGAAUGA